AUGGACACAGGCUCAAACAAGCCUCUCCAGAAGGCUGAAGUUGUUCAACAUGACGAGAACCCGGUCUACGAUGAAAAAGGAGAUCGGGAAGCUCAAAUUCGGGAGACUACCCGAGGUGAGCGUGAGAUGUCGAUUCCAACCGCUUUUCGAUUAUAUUCGAAAGCAGUGGGUUGGUCCAUCUUGUUGUCAACGGCAGUGGUUAUGGAAGGCUAUGACUUGCUUCUCAUCACCUCGUUCUUUGCGUUAGAUCCGUGGAAGAAAAAAUUUGGGGUUCUCCUUGAUGAUGGCACAUACUCCGUCUCCGCAGCCUGGCAGACAGGACUCUACAAUGGUGCUGCCGUGGGAGAAAUCAUCGGUCUCGUCCUCAACGGUUUCGUUGCUGAGAGAUUCGGCUAUCGCAAAACAAUGCUGGGGGCACUAUCAUCGAUCACCUGUCUCAUUUUCAUCCAAUUCUUUGCACCUUCGGUGGAAGUCCUUCAAGUUGGCAACAUUUUGAUGGGAAUCCCAUGGGGUGUUUUCCAAACACUGCCCGUAUCAUAUGCGUCUGAGGUGUGCCCUGUUGCCCUUCGUGGAUUGCUUACGACCUACAUCAACAUAUGCUGGGUGAUGGGCCAGCUGUUAGCCUCGGGCGUCCUAAGAGCCAUGUUGAGCAGGAACGAUCAAUGGGCAUACCGUAUCCCAUAUGCAUUGCAAUGGAUGUGGCCAGUGCCCCUGAUUAUCGGCAUCGCCUUUGCACACGAUUCACCGUGGUGGUAUGUCCGACGUGGUGACAAAGAAGCAGCCAAAUCCGCCCUCCGGUCAUUGACACGUCGAAAUGUGGACGACGCCGUCGACAUCGACGCUACUGUGGAGGUCAUGGCUUAUACGAACGAGAUUGAACAAGAGGCCAGCCAGGGUGCGACUUAUUCGGACUGCUUCAGAGGUUACAAUCUACGCCGAACUGAGAUCGCUUGUAUUACCUGGGGCAUUCAAAAUAUCUGCGGCACAGCUUUGAUGAACAACUCAACAUAUUUCUUCCAGCAGGCUGGGAUGGACACUGCCAAUGCCUUCAACCUGACCAUGGCACAAUACGCCAUUGGGUUCGUCGGCGUGUUUAUCGCCUGGACACUCAUGAUUCAUGUCGGCCGUCGCAAAUUGUACCUCGGGGGAUUGUUUACACUGUUGUUGCUGCUGCUUAGCAUUGGAUUCUCAGGCAUUCCCGGCCCAGACAACAGUUCCGCUUAUUGGGCCUCAGGUGCACUACUCUUGGUGUUCUCACUCUGCUAUCAGGUCACCGUCGGAACAGUGUGUUACUCCAUCGUCUCGGAGGUUUCUUCUGUUCGACUUCGCGCCAAAACUAUCAGUUUGGCCCGGAACGUUUAUAACGUCUGCUCCAUUAUCAGCGGAAUCAUGGCUCCCUGUAUGAUCAAUCCAACUGCCUGGAAUUGGAAAGCCAAGGCAGGUUUCUUCUGGGCAGGCUCUUGUCUUCUUUGCUUCACAUGGACUUUCUUCCGUUUACCUGAAACGAAGGGACGGACCUUUGCAGAGCUUGAUAUCCUUUUCGAACGUGGAGUGAAUGCCAGGAAAUUUACAGAUACCUCGGUCGAUCUCUUUUCUCAUGAGGUUCACGAGGAAGGGGAACAUACGGAAGAAGACCACAGGAGUUAG